CGGAGCUCGAUGCCGAGUAGGGUCAGAACCGAGCCUUGCUCGGUCCGGCUCGCCCUUUGCGAGUUGCUUCACCUGACUUAAUCUGUAAAGCACUUGGAGGAUGAGUGGUUCCUUGUCGGGGUGACUGGCUAGUCUGAGAUGAUUGUGGAUUACAUUUCCCCGUCUCGACAGAGUGUAGAGAGUUAGUUCCCCGUAGUUGUGAAGUUUCCGCUGAGGCAUUGAAAUUCUAUCACACUAUCAUCCAGUUACCAGACAUCGAGCGGUGGGGCCCGGACUUGGUAAAAGAGCAAAACCUGAAAUGUAAAGACGGGCCACCUCCUUAUUCGAGAGAGAACGCUGAUGAAACGUUUGGAGCUCAGGUGCCGGAUCCAAUCGGGCUUCAGAUGUCGAGAUAACUGACUUGAUGGAGGAUGACCCCCCAUCUCACCAUUAGGCUCAGCCCUCGAUGCCUCAUGCUGCACCUCGUCGCUCUGCCCGACUUCAAGAGACAUCCACCUCGUCCUCCUCUCACGGUCAUCCCGGGUCUUCUUCCCAUGUGUCGGCUUUUCCUUUUUCGGGCCCAUAUGAUGCCGACACCAAUGGGACGGCUUAUCUGGAGAGAGCUUUCAGCCUUUGGCAAAGACUUGGAAAGUCAUCGAGUGGGUCGAGUUUUGGCUACUCAAACCCUCAGCAUAGCAUCAAUACCUAUCUUAGUGAUCUCCAUCAGAGUUGCUGACAAAAUUAACCAUCUUCGUCGCCAUUACACUCCUCCGAAUGAACUGGACCAGGCUCUUGCCUCUUUAAACCAGGCUAACAGCAUGCUAGCGAAUACUCAGCAUGAUCUGGAGGUUGAGAGGAGGAGAUCCCGAGAUGAUUUGGUCGUUCUACAGAAGAAGCUCGAUGAGGCCAAUGCCCAGCUUUCCAACUCUGAAUUUUUGGCCGAGAAGUUUAAGAAGACCCAGACUAUGUCAAUUUGCAGAAUGCCGCCAUGGAAUGUGGCGUCUCAUGGUCUCUCCGCCAAGUCUCCAACGAUCACCCCGACAUCGAUUACUCGUUUCUCCAGGAGCGUUUUAGGGCUGAAUGUGACGCCCCCGAUGACAUGGACGACGAGGACGACGAGUAGGGACAAUGUGGGUCUAGUUGUCCAUGGCUCUAACUUUGGCGGAGUUGACUUUGCCUGCUGA